AUGGAGGCGGUUGUGCGCGAGCUCCAGAGCGACGCGCAAUUGGGCGUGUUCUUGAGUCCAGAUUGCAACGUUAGUGCCAUCGCCAGCUCCGUUGUUGCGCGCGACUCAGCCUCGCGGGACGUCAGUGGUAACUCUCGCCUCCGCUCCAGCUCCUCCACCAGCUUCACGUUGACUGAGGAUCUUGAUGAGUCCAGCCAAUCAGAGCAAUUUGUGGAGCGUCUAGAUGGCGCCGUAAAGCGCAUUGACCGUGUCAUCUCGGAGCAUAUUGGCGAGCACCAUGCCACGCUGUUGGAUCAGGUGGGCUCCGUGGAUGAGCUGCAGGACCACGUAACAUCGGUGCAGAGCUCGGUGGGUCAACUCAAGCAGUCAGUACACUCGCUCCAUGCGUUGGUGCGAGAGCAGCACGAGAAUCUACGCGAUACCAUCCAGCGCUACCGCAACGUGGAGCAGUGCGGGGACAUUGUAAGGCGUGUUCUGCGCUUCCAGCAGCUCUCAGACCGUGUGCUGGGACAGAACGAGAUGGCGUCAGUGGCGCUCGCGAUCCGAGAGAUGGAAUUGCUGGUACAAGAUGAAAACUUCGAAGAGCUGAGUGCUGUACGCGCAAAGCUACCAGCUACGCGCAAGCUUAGUGCGAACUUGAAGCGCGAAGUGCGUGCCGCAUUGCGUUCAGGUAUCCAGAAUUUGAGCCAGGCAGACGUGGGUGACGCUCUCCAGAUCCUCCUUUAUCUGGGAGAUUUAGCCACGACAGCUCAAGCCUCAGUGAAUGACGUGAUUCGGGAAGUGGAGCGGAAGUGCUCUGCUGCUAUCGCGGAGGAGAAGCUUGUACGCUCCGGCAGUUGCGGCUCCAACGGCUUGGACACAAGUAAUGGAGCAUCAGGUAGCAUUGUUCAGAAGUCCGACGUGUGGAAAGCCCUCCAAGAUGUUUUCGAUGUCAUCCGCGUUCAUGCUAUGCAAGUGUGGAAUCUUCAGCGUGUGCUGUUGAAGAUGGUGGACCCGACUUCGGGCCAAAAGUAUUUAGAUCUGGUGCUGGAGCCGGAUGAGCCAUCUCUUUUUGCUACAUUCUGGGAAGUCACUUGUGCUCUUGUACGGGAAUUGUUCGCGUCCACACUUGGCUACAGUACAGCAGUCAAAUCAGUGCUGAUCGCGGAGUAUCCGCGUAUGCGCGAGCAAGCGACACGAGUUCUGCAUGAAUUGUUCGCUUCGACGAAGCAAAGUGCAGAGUUGACGCCAAUUGCGGGGUGCCCGGCCGAGCGCACCCAGCUACUGGACUCCAUGGCACCACUUUACGAUGCCUUUAUCGAGCGAGCGUACCGUCGCAUGUCGAACCCAAUUCAGCUCAUGUUCCCUCAGAGCUCAAACUUCCACGCGUCGCCACCUGGUCGGAGCGAUAUGCAAACUCUGUCACGCACAAUAUUCUCCGAGUUGGAGCACGCUGGUCAAGACCCCGUGCUGUUAGAUGGUACACUUCAACAAGUGCGGAAGGCAGUUAGCCUCUUCUGUUCAAACGUGAAGCGAAUUAUGUACCAAGGCAAGGCUGCAGCCUCGACGAUGCCGUCUUUCGCACGGACUCCUGCACAGGCUCAUAACGUUGGGCUCAUGAAUGUGCUGAGUUUGCUGGAUGAUGCAGUUGAAGAGAUUGUAAACCGUACUGAAACAGCAGCAGCUCACAAUGGCACUCAAACGGGAGCAGCAACCAAUGUGCCAUCUGCCGCGGAUACCGUCGCAACAGGUGUGGUUUCAUCAAAAGAAGCUAAAGCUUUGUGCACAAAAAUCCUGAUUCCGUGUCGUGAGAUGAUCGGUGACCUGAAAUUCGCCUUGCUGGGCUUCUACCUACAAGCCCUCGCUGCACUACUCGAGAAUAUUUUUGCGAAAAUGCACGAGGAAUCCUUCGGUGAUCAAAGUGCGGCGGCCAGAGUGGCCACGUCAGGCGAUGCGCCGCGAAGUAGCGGUGGAGUUCGGCCAUCGCAAGGCUUAAGUGGCUCGAAGUAUAUGCAAGAGUUCUGCAACACUUUUGCAAUUAUUCUAGAUGAGCACCUGCGCCGCCUCCCCGUUGCUGUUUUCGCUACCAAAUGCCUGGAAGAUUUUGUAGAGCGGCUUAUCUCCGUGUUCAUUCGACAUGCAUCGUUGCUACGACCGUUAACUGAAAACGGUAAGCUGCGCCUCGCGGACGACAUGGCACAGUUAGAGCUAAGACUGGAGCACAUCGUGCCAUUGAGAAAUGUCGGGGCGGUCUACGAGGAGCUGCGCGCGUUCCGCCACAUGAUCUUUCUUGGCAACAGUGAGAUUCUUCGGGAUCCCACAAUCGACAGAAUCCGUCCGAGUAACGUCUGGCACCACCUCACUUCUCGCGCUCCGCCUGAGCUCCAACUCCCACAUCAAAUGAAACACUGGACGGCUUCCAAGUAUAUUGAGUGGCUAGAUACGCGUGCAGUGAUCGGCCAGCCUUCGUCGCCAUCUACGACUCCACCAUCUUCCAGUGGCAAGUCAUCUGCUUCAUCGCCAUCUUGGAAGGAGCUCCCCCUUGGCUAUCCGUGUUGGAAAUUUCGUCGACUUGGCCUGCAAGCUGAAAAGCAGGCCUGGAAAGAAAUUACCAAGUGCCUUGAUGCGUAUUCCCAGCGCGUGAGCGCAUCGGCGAAUGCCGAGUUGAGUCCGAUUUACGACUUGCUGCAAGAGUCUAGUGCCAUCCUGUUGGCAGGAUACGAGAUGAUGAUUUCUCGGUAAUUGAAAUCAAUAGAACGAGUAUCGAGUACGGUUUGAUCGGCAUUUGUAUGGCUUCACAAUUCCACAAAGUUGAAAGGCACCU